GUGUCUCCUAAAUUCAAGUGCGUGCUGGUAUACAGUUAUUUCUUGACAAUAUUGAAGCGAAUUGAGGCCUUGCAGCGCAGUCCUUGGUAAAAUUACUGGACACGGCAUGUUGCUGAGGAGGCUCACAGACGCAGUCCUUAAACGUCAGCAGUCCCUCCACAUACGAAAUGUGGUUCCACAAUUAUACCGAGGCCAACAUACUGCAGAGCACGAUGACAGCGAUGCCCUGGAAUUCAGAGAGCUUGUACGAGAAUUUGCUCAACGUGUUGUGGCUCCUCACGCUGCAGACAUCGACACAACCAAUGCAUUUCCGCAAAGCGUCAAUUUAUGGACAGAACUCGGACAGAUGGGUCUUCACGGCAUUACUGUUCCGACCGACUUUGGGGGCCUGGGCCUGGGGUAUCAACAGCACUGUAUAGCGAUGGAGGAGUUAAGCCGGGCAUCAGGCUCUGUAGCUUUGAGCUAUGGAGCACACAGCAACCUGUGCAUCAACCAGAUCAUCCGGAACGCAACAGAGCAGCAGAAACAGAAGUAUAUCCCUAAGCUCUUGACAGGGGAACAUGUGGGUGCCCUAGCAAUGAGUGAGCCAGGCGCGGGGUCGGAUGUGGUGAGCAUGCGCAUGCGGGCAGACAAGGUGGAGGGUGGCUUUGUGCUGAAUGGCACCAAGAUGUGGUGCACCAAUGGCACCGUCGCCAACACGCUUGUGGUGUAUGCAAAAUCUGCUCCUGACAAGGGGCCACACGGCAUCACUGCCUUCCUCAUUGAGAAGGGCAUGAAGGGCUUCAAGACAGCACAGAAGCUGGACAAGCUCGGCAUGCGGGGGAGUGACACAUGCGAACUAGUCUUUGAAAACUGCGAGGUACCAGAGGAGAAUGUGCUCGGACAGGUGGAUCAGGGUGUCUAUGUGCUGAUGUCCGGGCUGGACUAUGAGCGGCUGGUGCUGUCUGCCGGGCCGCUGGGGCUGAUGCAGGCUGCGCUGGACACAGUACUACCCUACAUCCACGAGCGCAAGCAAUUUGGGCAGAAGAUUGGCGAAUUCCAGCUCAUUCAAGGCAAGAUUGCGGACAUGUACACAGCAACAGCGGCCACUCGCGCAUUUGUGUAUCGCACUGCGGCUGAUGCGGAUGCCGGGCGAGCCAAUCGGAAGGACUGCGCGGCCGUCAUCUUGUAUGCUGCAGAGACUGCCACACGCAUGGCUUUGGAUGCUAUUCAGAUACUGGGAGGCAAUGGGUACAUCAAUGAGUACCCCACAGGGAGGCUGCUGCGCGAUGCAAAGCUGUAUGAGAUUGGGGCGGGAACAUCGGAGAUCAGGAGGAUGCUCAUAGGCCGGGAGCUUUUCAAGGAAUAUGCUUGAUGUGGAUCAAGGGACGUCCUCAAGAUCGAGCUCCGGAGAUUGGUGAAGAGCUGGAUUCAGCUGCCAAUUGGCCAUUGAAUGUUGACACGUGCAUCAUAUAUUGACAUCAUGAUGGUCAAGAAUGAUGCCCAAGAAUAUUGUACACUAGUGGCCGGCAGAUGGGUGAUCACUAUGAUCAUGAUUGGUGUGCAAUUGCUUGCCUUGUUGUCUCCACAUUACUGUAUUAUAUAGAUGAUCUGGGUGCCAUCUCAGAUUUCUCAUGUCUCUUUGGAUCCGGAAGCUCUGGAAUUGAAGUGCUCAAGCUUGCUUUUAUGCACUAACAACAAUGGUAAAGAUCGCAAUGAUGGUGAGC